AUGACAGAACAUUUACGAUAUUUAACAACAAAUACAGAAGAUUCAUCAUAUUUAUUUUCAUCUUAUUCACCAUCAAUAAUAAUGCAAUGUGAAAAACUUUUAUCAUUAGUUUUAAAUAAAACAACAAAUUUAAAUGAAAAACAAAUUUUACCAAUUUAUUUUCGACAAUUAUUAGCUAAACAAAAUUUAACAUUUCGUUUACCUAAAACAAUACCUGAAUGUACAAUGGAAUUAACACGUCUUGCUAAUAGUACACAUGAAAUAAAUACAACAAUAAAAACAAAUGGACAAAAUUAUAUUAUACAAGAACAUUCACGUUCAUUAAUUAUAUUUAUUAUUCUUAUUGCAUUUGUUUCAUUAAUAUCUGUUAUUGGAAAUUUAUGUUUAGCUAAAGUUCUUUAUUCAAAACGUUAUCGUCUUAUACAAACCGAUCGAAUUGUUUUAUGUCUUGCAAUCAGUGAACUUUGCUUAGUUUUGAUUGAUACACCAACAGAAAUCUAUCGAUUUCUUUCAUUUUCAUUUACACAAGAAUGGCUGUGCCGUUUUCAUACAUUUUUUGAAGCAUUAUUUUCAUCAUGUAUUAUCUUCUAUCAUCUUUUGGGUGCAUUUGAUCGUUUUGUUUACAUUCAUGGGCAUACAUCAUCAGUAAGUUCUUCAUGGACAAAAUAUUGUCGUCGUGUAUCAACAACAUCUGGUUCAAUAAUUUUAUUAAUUUUACCAAUAAUAUGUAGUUUACCAAUCGCUAUAUGUAAUUUUCUUCAUGCACAUAUAAUACAUAUAUCAUUAAAAAAUAAAAUAUGUAUGGUACAAUAUACACAUGGAAUAUUAAUAACUAUAUUAGUAUCAUUUUAUAUAUUACCAUUAGUAUUUUCAUUUUUUCUUCAUGGAAAAUUAAUUUAUUUUAUUCGUACAAGACAUAAUCAAUAUUAUUUAACAAAAACAGCAUAUUUAUUACCUAUGAAAUAUAAUUAUACAAAUGAAAAACGAUUAAAACAAAAUUCAAAUAAUGAUAAUAUUAAAUAUCAUCAUGAUUUAAAUUUACCACCAACAAGUUCAUUUAAUCGACGUUUUAUUACAAUAAAUACAGAUACAAUAAGUCCAUUAACAACAACAACAGGAACAAUGGCAGCUGCACAAUUAGCACGAUUAAAUCAAAAUAAUUCAUCAAAUUCAUCACAAUCAAGUCGAUCAUCAUCAGCAACAGCAGCAUGUUCAACAGCAAUAACACCACCAAUUGUACUUUAUAAAAUAAAUUCUCAAGCAAAUGCAAAUGCUAAUCGUACUGUUUUAUUACUUGUACUUUUAUUAUCAUUUUAUGUUUUUUGUUGGGCACCAUAUAGUAUUUAUACAUGGCAUCAUGCAUAUAAAUUAACACAAUCAUCAACAUUAAAUUCUACAAUAAAUAAUCAAACAUCAAUAAUAUCAUUUAAUAUUAAUCAAACAAUAACAAAUAAUCUUAAUGCUGAUUUACGUCGAAUUAUAUUUAUUAAUUAUUCAUUAUAUCUUUUAUCAAUGAUAUCAAUGUGUUUUAGUUUUAUAUUUUAUUUUUUACUUAAUAAACAAGCACGACGUGAAUUUUCACGUUUUAUUAGAUGUAUUUGUCCAUGGAUAAUACAUAUUCCAAAUAAACAACAAAGACAACAAUUUUUAAGACAAGAACAAAAUAGAUCAAAACAAUUACAAUAUCGUAAACGAAAUCAAAAUAAUUAUCCUAAUAAAACUGAACGAAUGAAAAUCUCUCAACCAUCAUUAAUUAAUAAUCGAUAUAAUCAUAUAAAACAUGUAAACUCUCCUCGAAAUAUAACUUCAAAACGAACAGUACUUAAUUAUGGUUGUCAAAUUCAAUGUUGUCCAUAA